GGAUGAUAGAGCAUGCUUCGUAGUCAGUGUUCUGGAGGUCGUUCAUUCGUUCGCGAUAUAUCCCGAUAUAGAAAAAGUAUUAUAAUCGAUACAAGAAAUUUCGAUAGUGCAGAAAUGGCCAGAAAAAUACGAUCGGGUUUUCUUCGAUUUUUCUAAAACAGGUGCCAAAUUUGUUUCCUGUAUUAUGAUCGUGACGAGAGUAUGUCCCUGUUUACUUUUUUUUGUGCUUCUGGAUUUGGCAACCCAAAUUCAACCGUCCUUGCAUGGACACAACAAUGCCUUUGUCCAGGAUGAUAAAGACGUACAAUACCUGCUGGAUAAUAUACCUAUAUCAAUGCACAAGGGAUUCGCUAGUUCGGUCCAUGGAACUGGGAUAUCGGACGACAAAGUGCAAGAUUCCAUCACGCUCAUCCAAUUCGAACCGAGUGUUCUCGAUUUUAAGGAAAGACAACUCGGUGUUCCUCAUCAAGAAAUCGUGACGUUAUUCAACAAAGAUGACAACAAAACCAUACAUCUCAGUUCCAUUUCUGGAAGCACGCAACACUUUCAUUCGUCCUUUUUUCAGGAUAAAGUAAUUCCACCUCUUGGGAACACGACAUUUAAUGUCGUUUUUUUGGGUAGAGACGAAGGAGAAAUCGAUAGUCACCUUUUCAUGCAUACGUCUGAAGGAACUGUAAAGUAUCAGGUGCGAGGAAUAAGUGUAAGUAGUCCGUAUCGUCUACGACCGCUAGUGGGUGUAAAAUUACCAAUAAAUGCGUCGUUUACACCCUUAAUUUACAUGCACAAUCCUCAUCCUGAAGCGAUGCAAGUGGCAGAGGUCUACAGUAGCGGUGGUGAAUUUCAAUUAGAACUACCGACGGGAGAAGCUGAAGGCCCGCGGGAAUUAUGGGAAAUUCCACCGUACCAAACGAAACCUGUUAUCAGAUUACAUUUUAAUGCACACGCAGAAAAGAAUUACACAGCCUACAUUAGGUUUAAAGUAAACAACAGUGUUGAAGUUUUGGUAGUAGCAGUAGAAGUCGAAGUUACUAGUGUCGCUGGUCUUCAUUGGGGCGGAAACUCUGGGGUUGUCAAUUUCGGAAUGGGAGGUUCUUUGCAGACUCCGAUUCACUAUCACAUUUCUCUAAAAAACUCCGCUAAGAAGCCCGUAAAAGUUCUUAAUAUAAUCAGCACACCUGUUUCUAAAGCUUUGAAAAUUAAUUUCGAGCCAGUCGUGAUACCGGGGGAUACAGAUGUGCCGAUCGCGGUUGGAACAUUAGCAUAUGAUUGGAAAUCAGGGCUGGAUUUACAGCAUUUUAAGGGUAAAUUGAUGAUCAAGGGAAUCGGGCCCGGUGGAUCUAGUCAAAAACUGGCGAUUCCAUGGAUUGCAGAAGUUUUACAAGGCGGCCUUCAAGUAAACGCCUCAGUAGCCCACUACUGUUCUCCGCAUUCAAGUCAACCCCGAAAUUUCAGCGUAGUGAAUAAAUUCAAGCGACCGCUCGCAAUAACAGAUGUGUCACUUUCUUCAGAAGCUAUGCCUCUAUUUAAGAUAAACAACUUUAUACCGAAGAUUCUACAACCUGGACAAAAGGAGACCAUUUUUUCACUACUUCUAACCCAAAAUAAGAAGAGCGAAAACUUGCAAUUGGAGUCUUCUAUCUUAAUCCACUCAAACGUUUCUACAACUGAAGUCCCUUUACUCAGUUACAAUGGAAAACUAAGAAAAAUCAUUCCGGGUGAAAAAUAUAGCGACAAGGGAACAAUGAAUUUUGGAACAGUGGGAAGUGGAACUGAAAACGAGGGGAUUUUCGCGCUUGAAAAUCAGAAUCCCGUCAAUAUAGAACUCCAUGGUUGGGGUGUUAAUAUGCCAGGAGCCGUUUUAGAACUCAUGGGAUGUCAACAUAGUCCUACGGGUUUAUUCAACAAAGGAUACAGAAACAUCACUGCCUGCAGUAUCACUGGAAAUCAAAGCAUUAAGCCUGGAUAUUUAGCGAUUUUUAAGAUAAAGGUGAAGACUCCUUCGGUUGAAGAAGAUACGAUAUUUGGUGACGUGUUUGUCAGAACUACAUACGAAAGAUUAACUGUUCCGGUUUUUAUGAGAGUUGCUCAUGGCAGGAUUUCACUUAAAAAACUCACCUUUACAGAUUGCUUUCCGGGUUCAGUAUGCACUCAGCAAUUAAAGGUUCAUUCGACAUUUUCGAGACCAAUGGAAGUAACGAUCGUUGCUCCAGUCCAAACGGACAAUCGGGUAAAAUAUAUUCCUUUGGAAGAAACUAGGGUUCCAGUUAUAUGGAAGGGUGAAAAUCACAUUGGUUCUAUAAAAAUCGAUACUGCCGUAUCUUGUAAACAACAAUGUUACUUAGGGUUAUCCUUAAACACAACAGUGGGUAGUCAAUGGCUAAACACGGUGAGCCUCCCGUCGCACACACGUGACUCAGAUUUGAAUUUGUUGAAUACACACUACACACGUUACUUGAAUUAUACGGGAGGCAACUGGGACAACGUAACAAUGCAACUAGAUACGACAGAAGUCCGCGGGCACAAGUUUUACCUGAAUAUAAAGCCCUAUUGGCCUAGUCUGCUAGUAAAUUUCAGCAGCCUGAAGAAUAAGAGUUUAUCCUUUCCGCUGACCCAAGUGGGAAACACGUCCUAUAAGACGAUCAAGCUCCACAAUCCGAGUUCCAGCCCAUUGCUUUUACAUCUCGUCAUGGAUUGGAGUUAUCCUCAGGGAUCCAGGCUUUACCAUUCGCUACCAAACAAAUUCAAACCAGUAUGUUUGGAUUGCCCGGCAACAAUGCCGGGGGAGUUUAAAAUUGAGGCAUUGCAAAGCGAGCGGGACUUGUUCGAAAAAGAGUGGAGCAUAACUACGGCGCCUCAAACGUUGCCUCUGCUGUUGCAACCAAAUGAAACCAGAGACGUGCAAGUUUCCUAUACGCCUCCAUCCGACUGUUUGUCUGCUGGACUUUUAUAUAUUAGAAACAAUAUAACUAUUCUGGAAGUCAUGCGAUUGGUCGGUCGAGGGGCCUUUGCACAAUUUAAAUUUGGGAAUCGUAAGCCAGGUUCUGCGACUCCUCUGUUGUUUGAACUUGCGGAAAAACAUCUCAAAGACUGCGAGCGUGAUAGAUCCAGAAGAAAUCCAAUUCCAAAUCUUACAGUGAAGCGUUCGUUCACUGCACGAAAUACAGGCGAGGUGCCAAUCGAAAUUUUCGGCUUUUACAUCAGUGGCGUGUCCUGUGAGGGAUACGGAUUUAAAGUACUGAAUUGCGAACCUUUUAAGCUUGGUCCAAAUGACACGAAGAAAAUCGAGAUCGCCUAUACGCCAGACUUCACGCUUUCGAGAAUUGAAAGGGAGCUUUUAAUAAUAACCAGUCUUGGAGGAGGCGAAGUUCCAGAUGUGUACGAAAAUGGGAUCGUGCGGUUAAGUUUACUUACAACGGUACCGUCGCGAAGACUUGAAUCUUGCGCGGAAGUGUUGGCGAGGCCAACCUGGGAGAGUGCUCUACAAUGGUCAGCAGUCAGUCUCUUAUUUGUGUUGCUAGCCUGCGUCCUCGCUAUCUCUUUUCUCGAAGCUGAUCGCAUUUUACGUGGGGUACUCGUAACUCUUACUCGAGGAAAUCCUGUCCAACCUCCUCUAGAUCUUAGACUUCUAUCUCACUCAACACAUUCCCAAGUGAACACCAAGGAAAGAUCAGCAUACGAAGAACGACAUAAAAACGGUAAAAAGGAGGAUGUGUCACUGGAUUGGAGUAUAAACGGAAAAAAAUUAAAGGAUAAGGAUUCAAAGAGUCCAAAGAUUUCUGAUUGGUCACUGGAGGACGAAAGAAGAUUCAAGCUUGAUAUUGAGUCUAAGGAAAAUUCACACUCAAGACGCUAUGAGGAUUUUUCACCUGUUGACGGAAAUUUUUCAGUGACAAUCGGUGUGCGAAGGAAAAACGUUAAGCGUCAUAAUGCAGGUGAAAUGCAGGAAUACUCAAACGAAAAUUCUCCAGAUGUACAAGACAAGAAGUCAGAGGCGAAUUGCCUUAUAAAAUCAAGCCCCUUAACGAGUAGGAAAGGUAAAUCGAAGGAAGAGUCGCAGAUCAAUGAUCACGAGGUUCAGGUUGAGUCUGUGACGACAUUCUCUAAGGAAAACACCAGAUCUGAAAGCAGGAAAAAACAAGCUGUUAACAGUAAUAUCCCUAACAAUAAUACAAACUGCGUUCAGAGUCAUUCAUACAAAAAGUAUGAAAGCAAUACCAGUCCAAAAAGCACACAGUUCUCUGAGGAGGAAACCUCGUCUACUACCACGGAAAGCUCGAACCAUGAGGACAACAGUAAUUUCAAGAACUGCGAUCAUACGUCGAAAGCAGAAAAGUCUCAGCGAAAACCAACGACAAAGAAGCCAAAACCACAGACAAUUCCUUCUUCUUUGCCCGUAGAUUAUAGGGACAAUUAUGAAGGAGACUGCGACGACGAUGAUUACGAUAAAGAAAAGCAAGAUAAUCCAUAUCGUUGGAAGAUGAGUACAACUCGUUCUAGUAUGAAAAAUCAUCAUCACCAAUCCCGUUAUAACGUGGAAGCGGCUCUUAAAGUUACCCGGCAAAGUAAAAAUACACCUCGUAAGGAAAAACCGUUACAAAAACGUCGGAAUGUCGAGAAAACUCACGCCAAAACGAUUUUAUUCAGUGGAGGUUUAGGACAACGGGAUGAAUCAAAAAUACCACAAUCGACUAUUUCGUCUCCGCUGCCACCUCCACCUGCGUGUUGGGGUGAAAACAGAGCCAAAUUUAGCGAUGUGGUUGCAAGGAGUCAGGAAGCAACUUUUUCCACCUUGGGGAACUCAAGAAAAUCGAAUUCAUUCGGUUCUCAUUUGAAUUUCGAGAACAGCAGUGCUGAUAAAACGAAGAUUCAGAUAGAAGAAUUGAGUCGAAGUGAGUUUAACUUCGACCUCAAGACAAAUCUUGGCGUCAAAGAUGAGAAGGAAAAAUCAUUCAGCUCAGAAAGUGCUAGAUGUCAUCUUGAUAGUUAUUUUAUUAACACAUUUACUGAACCUUCUUAUGAACCAGAACUGGUGCCAUAUGAUGACCUCCCGGAAACAGACGAGCCUCUACUAGAACUCGAAAGUGUCGAAGAAGAUUCGCGAUGUAAUUUGUGGGACGACAGUUGUUCCGUACUCCGUUUAAUUCCAGAAAGCGCCCCUGUUUUUAAAAUGGAAUCAUCAAAUUCUGAAAAAAUUACGAAUUUAUCCGACGCUUUGACGGAUAAUUGGGCGACGGUGGAAACAAACUGGGAACCCCUGUACACGAGAGGAGCUGUGGGAGAAGAACGAAGUGGAGUUUGGGGUGUUAAUACAGGUGGUGUUUGGGCUGCAGCACCCUGGGGAUCUCCGACUCCUCCGAUGUCUAGUUUGUCAUCCUGUACUACCACAAAACCAAAAGAGACGGAUGUUUCGGAACGUCCAGGUUUCGAUCCGUUCCGUUCUCUCAACACGAUAUGGACUCCUUCAUCUUCAGAAACGUGGAAACUAAAGCAAGAGGAAUGAGAAGGAUAUUUAUUAACAGUUUUGUGAUAAAAGUCUAUGAUCGGCGAUUCUUACAAGAUUACUAAUUAGCUGGCGUAACUCGCGAAAUCGGUUGUGAAAUAUUUAGUUCAAAUCUUUUCAGUAAUUUAAAAGUAAAUCUGAAGUGCUCCUGUUUUGGUUUUUCGCCUUUCAUUUUUUGUCCUCUUAUAAUAGAAACAAGAAGCUCGUUUUAACUUUUAAAACACGCAAGUUUCCGCUCUUAGCGAUACUAUAUUCAGCGUCUCGACUAAUUUCAAUUUUGAAGACAAAUAACAAAUUUACUUCAGUGUAUGCCCGAGCUACCUCGAAAACGAAAAGUAUGUGCAUAUGCGUAUGUUUGUUUGGAUGCAUGUGUGAGACGGUGAUGCGUACUUGUGUACACUUAAAAAGUGUAAGAUUGAAAAAUAUCUUUUUUCAUAAAUAGACAAGGCACAAGAAAUAGAAUACACGAAAUUAAGAUUA